UUUAUCCAUAAAAGUUUAUUUCCUAUCAAAUGGAAAGAAGCUACUUGGGGAAUGAUUAAAAAAUUCCAAUGUCUUACGAGGCCAAAAAUCUUAUUACUUUUAUUGUUUGUCGGCAUAUAUACCUUAUUAAUUAGCAUUUGGUCAAUACUACAAUUUGAUUCUUCGCCAAAAUCAAACAAAAUCAAUUUAAAUGGAUUUAAGCGGGAGAAUUAUCAAAAUAUUAAAUGUUCAAUACCACAAAUGGACUUAUGGCCAAGUCAGAAGUAUAAUCUAGACACGAAAAAACAAAUAAAUUUUCCAAAAUGUAAACAAACCUCUUUAUUUAAAUCAUAUUUAACAUUGAAUAAAACAAUUAGUAUUCAUGAAUAUUUAUCAUUUCAUAAGGGAAAAUUAAAAAUUCAAACUUUUCACAAUAAUGUAACAAGAACGAAUGCAAGUUCAAUUAUGUGUUCAUUAUUUCCAAUCAAACGAUUAAAUGAUUAUCAAUCGAUAUAUUUAAAUGUUGUUGAACAAAUUUAUGAUGGUUAUCAAUCACAAUGGCCAAUGUUUAUGGUUAUGUGUCAACCUAAACAGAAUUUAUUACUUUCAAAACCUGAUUUCAGUUGGAGUAAUUCACGAUUCGAUCAAAUAGAACGUUUAUUAGUAUGUGGUUCAUAUUCUAAUUUGAAACAAACAAAAUCUAAAUGGUCUUUAACUAAGAAUCGACAAAAUAAUUUUAUGUAUAAUAUACUUCUUUUAGGUAUUGAUUCUGUUUCACGUUUGUCAGCAUUUCGAUAUUUAACUAAAACAGUGCAAUUUAUUCAAAGCUUGAAUGAAAACGCAACAAUCAUGAAUUUAUAUAAUGUAAUCGGUGAUGGAACUACAGUUAAUUUAUUGGGACUUUUAACUGGACAAUUAGAAUCCGAAUUACCUGAAUCUAGAAAAUCUCAUCUAUACAAGAAUAAAAAUCAUUCAAAAUGGAAUAAAAAUGAUAAUUAUACCGUAUUAGAUAAUUAUCCUUGGAUAUGGAAAGAAUUUUCUGAAUAUGGAGAUUAUGUAACACAUUAUAUUGAAGAUACACCGAAAUGGGGUACAUUUCAGCAUAGAUUAUGUGGUUUUGGUUCAGCGCAUAGUCCAACAACUAGUUAUGGACGUCCAUGUUUAAUAGCAGCAAGUCAAGAAGAAAAGUAUUCUGGAAAAAUUCUUGGAUGUACAAUGUCAAGGUACACACACCAGGUUCUUUUGGAAUCUUUAACAGAAUUUUUUACAACCUAUGAAGACAGACCACGCUUUAGCUUAACAUUCUUAAGUGAAUUAAUACAUGAGAAUCCAGCAUACGGAAAACUCAUAGAUGACGAUUUAUCAAAACUGCUUCAACGCAUUUACUAUGAAGAUUUAAUGUUCAAUAGUGGAAAUCCGAGGACAUCUAGUGCCUCAAGCUAUCCAUUUGCCAAUACAUUCGUAAUAUUAUUCUCUGAUCACGGGCCACGCAUGGGGGAUGCACGACUUUCAAUUCAAGGCAAAUUAGAAGAAAGAUUACCAUUUAUGUCAAUUAUAGCGCCUAAAAUGUUCAGAGAAAAAUGGUCUGUUCAAUGGUCCAAUUUAAAAUAUAAUCAAAAUAGAUUAAUUACAUUAUUUGAUAUACAUGCAACAUUACGUGAUUUAUUAAUGAAUCAAUUAAAAUUAACAAUUGCUAAUAAUAAUAAUAAUAAUAAUUUUAUUGAAAAAUUCAAUAAAAUUCAAAUGAAUUGGUUCACUAAUCCUACUCGUGGAAUAACAUUAUUUAAACAAAUACCCUUGAAUCGUAAUUGUCAUGAUGCUUAUAUUAGUUCACAUUGGUGUGUUUGUUUAAAAUGGAUUACAUUAGAAAAUAUUGAUCAUUUAACAUUAUUUACUUCAAAUGAACUAAUUGUCAAAAGCAUAAAUGCAAUUAUUCAUAGAAUUAAUCAAAUGAUUGUGAAAUAUCGACCACAAUCAACUAAAAAUGGUUAUUGUUCAAUGACUAGUUUUUAUAAAAUUCAGUCAAUAGAACAAGCUAUCCUACCACAAGAUAUGAUACGAUUUAUUCGUAGUCAAGAUGAAGAUGGACGUAUACCAAUGUUUCAUAACUGGCAUUCUUCAACAUGGUGGUCAUUAUUAGAUUGGAUUAAACAAUUCAAUAUAUUCAAUAAUAAUAAUAAUAUCAAUAGGAAUGAUGAUGAUGAUGAAUUCAUGCAUGACAGUAUACUAUUACGUAUACAUUUAAUAGUUCAACCAGAAUAUGCACAUUUCGAGGCAACUGUUAAAGUGAAUCUGACACAAUAUUCAAUGAAUGCAUUUCAUGUGAUGGAGAUAAGUCGAAUUGAUAUUUAUGAACAAUAUAAUUGGUGUUUAUCAGAUAAUGAAUGGGCAGAAACUAAACAAUAUUGUAUAUGUAAAAAAUAUACUUAA